GCAAGAGGGAUUGCAGAUUUUAGUCUCCAGUUACUGCUUUCUCAUUAACUGAUAUUUUUACAGAUGUACCUAUAAAAACUUAACGAUGAAAAUUAAUAAGUAGCACUUUUCUCAAUCAAAGAAAGGAAAGGGGCUGGGGGUGGGUUCAGUUAUAAAACCCUGUUUGUCUAAUUGUUUUUCUUAGGAUUUUGGCAGAGGAUCUCAGCUGACUCCUGUUUUACAUCUUGGAGCUGGAGCAUGUGCUGGAAUAAUUGCCAUGUUCGCAACUUAUCCAAUGGAUAUGGUUCGAGGCAGGAUAACUGUACAGACAGAGAAGUCCCCUUACCAGUACAGAGGGAUGUUCCAUGCUUUGACAACUAUGCUUAGGGAAGAAGGCCCACGUGCUUUAUAUAAGGGUUGGCUUCCUUCAGUCAUUGGAGUUGUUUCCAUUGUAGGUCUAAACUUUACUGUUUAUGAGUCUUUGAAAGAUUGGUUAGUUAAAUCCAAUCUAUUUGGUCUAGUGCAAGAUUCUGAGUUGAGUGUGAUAACUCGCCUGGCAUGUGGUGCUGCACCUGGAACUAUUGGGCAAACUGUUGCUUAUCCCCUUUGAAGCACCUUUAGAUUGAAGGUGUGAGUAUCAUUUUAGAGAAGCCAAUCCAUGCAUGUUGUUAGAAUUUUAAUUAUUAUUUUUUUAGGUGUUACAUAUCAUAGCCCAUAUUGUUAACGUGGUUUCUCAGCCUGGGAAAUCGUGGAAUAAUUAUUGAUUACUAGACCAUAUAAUAUUACUCUACUUAACAACAUUAUUUCUUUUAAUGUGAUCAUAAAUGUUCCGA